AGGCCAUAUGUUAUCACCAUCGUUUUCUUCUUCAUCCCCAAGUUUUGCCACCCUUCCAUAGCCUCUGUAGUCGCCCAUCUCAUCGCUGGUGGCAGCUCAUCCUUGCUCCUGCAAUGUCCACUCCCGGAGAGUAUUAUCGGUCUCUGCCGCCAGUGAGCAAGACCUAUGGAAUGGCAUGCUUGAUGACAACAGGUGCACUGUACCUGCAGCUCUACAAGCCUUGGACCAUAGCUCUCUCUUAUGAACUCGUUUUCAAGCUUUUUCAGGUUUGGAGGAUUAUAACCCACUUUUUCUUUCUCGGGCCAUUCUCAUUUCCAUUUGCGUUUCGGCUUAUAAUUAUAGCAAAGUAUGGGGUUUCACUUGAGAGAGGACCCUUUGACAAAAGGGCUGCUGACUACUUGUGGAUGCUAAUCUUCGGAGCAAUAUCACUUCUGGUAAUUAAGACAGCAACUGCAACACCGAUUCCUCCUCUGGGGUCGCCUUUCAUGGGGCCUUCCUUGGUUUUCAUGAUCGUCUAUAUUUGGGGCAGGGAAUUCCCGAAUGCGCGCAUCAACCUCUAUGGAGUUGUAUCGCUUAAGGGGUUCUACCUUCCAUGGGCAAUGCUUGCACUCGACCUAAUCUUUGGGGACCCAUUGAUGCCUGACAUCCUCGGAAUGGUCGUUGGACAUCUGUACUACUUCCUAACAGUACUUCACCCUCUUUCCGGUGGGAAAUUCAUCCUCAAGACUCCCCUCUGGGUGUAUCCUUAAGUCCAGCUCGAAUCAGUCCAAAGCUCAAAAAUCUCAAAUAUAUACUCUCUUUACAUGUGAAAUCCUUAAGAGAUGGCUAUUUCCAGACACAAGAUAGUUGCCUAUUGGGGCGAGGGUGUCCAGGUGAACGCUCCGGUCCAGGCCAAUCCAUCAGCCGGAGUUGCUUUCAGAGGAAGAAGCUAUCGUCUCGGUGGAACCUCCCGAACAAGCAGCACAGGUUUGACAGAGGAAGCACGGACUGGUGCUAGUGACAGUAAUGCUAACUAUUCAGGACAGCAGACCAAUUCGGAAGGACUUGCUUUCCGAGGAAGAAGUUAUAGACUCGAUGGCCAGUAGCUGGAUCUCUUCCUAAUGUUCCUCUACAAAUAUGUUUGCGAGAAUGUGCUCUACGCACGAAUUUGUGAUUCUGCUUUCUUUCAUGUCCAUUCAAUGAAUGAUAUGAAGGCUUGAUACGAUCAAUCCGAGCUUAUAUAAUGUAAAUUUUCGAUUCAGAACAGUUUCGAUGGAUAAUGUGAUACAUUUGGAGGAAUAAUGAGAUAUAAUCUAAUGUGUAAUAUAUAAAAGCGGAAAAGCGAAAUCGUGGGAG